AAAAUAUAUAAAUAAUAAUCCUCAAGCUCAUUUUUAGCAUACCGUAUUCAACCCAGAGAAUACCAGCACAAAAAUGAAGUUUGCAGUUAGUAUUCUAUUGUGUACCUUGAUGUGCCAGUUCUCUCAUCAACUGGUUCCUUUAAUGCAACAUGGUGAACCUGUUCCAGAAGGAAUACCAUUUCUAGUGGGAAUUAUUACAUUUGACCAUAGCGGAGAUAUACUUCGUCAAUGUGCUGGUGCUCUUAUUUCAGAUAACUACGUCUUAACUGCUCAGCAAUGCAUCUUAAGGAAUACAGCAAUUGGCAACUCAAUAUUGGAAGUAGAAGCAGCAAAGGCCCAAAUAUUCAAAGGCGGGUUCUAUUUUAUGGAUGAACCUUUAAUUACGGUAUUUCCUAAAGAUUGGAUUCGGUACCAGCACUACCGUAGCCAUCCUGUACUGAGAAAUGACCUUCUUUUGAUUAGAUUACCAUCAAAGAUACCUCAUGGAAAACCAAUUGGACUUCCAUGCAAUGUCAAUAUUCAUGAGCUUGAUGGUCUUACUGGUAAUGUCGCAGGCUGGGGACCUUCCUCAAUUUUAGCAGACUCCUUAAACCUCCAACGCAAUAUUCUUCAAUAUGUUCCAGCAAAUAUUGACCUACAUCUGUGCAAAAACCAAGGGCGUUUCUGUGCAACCUCCGAUUUAGAUCGUAGCCCUUGCAAGGGGGAUAAUGGCAGUCCUCUGGUUGUAGAUGGAAAUAUUGUUGGUAUUCUUUCUAUUGGAGAGAAUGCAGAUAUAUGCAAUUCAUUCAACAAUGAAUUAUCCGUUUCUGAAUACACCAGUAUUUUGGAGAAACCCUAUUUGAAAUGGAUUGAAAAAGUUGCCAAUAUCAGCUGUAAUGCUUACUCUGAAGAAGAUGCGACGCCUGCUAUUAAUGCAUGAAUCGGAUCUGAAUUUGAAUUAUUGUAAUAGCAUUUACAUAUUAAAAAUAAAGGUUAUAUUGGGUU